GUAACUUAAUACAAACAGUAUUAAGUUCACGCUCGAGACGUGCAGAUCGAAUCCUGCGGAUAUUCCCUGCACACACGCGGAAACCAAAAAAAAUAAACAAGGAAAUCGAAAACUUAAACAAAAAUCGUUUGUUCACGUCGACUUAUACUUGAUAGUGUUGUGUUAUCAAAAUAAUAAAAAAAAGAAUGUGUAUACAGACUCGAACUGAUAAAUGUCGCGUUCUGAAGAAUAAAGUAAUAUAUAUGGCAGAGUGAAGUUUUGUGGCUUCCUGGGUGGAUCGCAGCAAAAGGACUGCAUUUCUUUCAUUUACGUUUUGUGUUAAUGAGUUUAGACGAUGGCCGAUCCGACGAUACAAACGUUUUGCUGCCAUUCAGGAAAUGGCAGUUAUAUGGCGACAAAUGUUAUGAACGAAUUCAACUCGGAUGCUUAUAACGCUGUUUGUCUGUUUUCAUCAAUUCUUGGCAUCUUAGGGUCGAUCUAUCAGAUAUUACCGAGGGAACAAUACGCAAAUAAUCAUAGGUGGCUUUCAUUUUCUGCUGCACGAGGCAGGAAAAUUAUAGUGUGCUUAGCAAUAUCCGAUUUAAUGGCUUCUCUAGGUAUAUUUCUUAGGUCGAGCUUAUGGUUAAAUUACAAGAAUAUUAUGCCUGCAGUUGAUGAUGAAGCGAGCGUGUGGUUUUGCGCCGUGUCUUCAGCCUGGACUCAGUACUUCUACACGGCCACCUGGAUCUGGACAUUGUGUUACGCCAUCGAUAUGAGGUUGAUCCUAGCUGACAAAGAAUCUCACACGAAAAUCUACCAUUUGGUGGCAUGGACCGUCCCAGCGAUCCUCACGACGAUAGGAUUAUCCCUUCUGUACUUCCCAAACGCCAACUGCCAUAACCCUAUAGAUCUGACAGACAAAAUCAUUCGAAUAUUACCUAAUUACAUAGCGACUUACAUUCCCAUAGCCAUCGUGAUGAUAGCCAAUCCGUGGCUGUACAUGUCUUCUUGCAAAGAUAUGGAACGUUACAUAACGUGCAGUUACAGUCAAUUCACCAGCAGAGAGAGGGAUAUUAUAGACGCCAUCAAAGUGAAAUUUCUGGUUAUAAACUUGGUCUUCUACAUCUGCUGGAUACCAAAUUUAAUUAACGGUCUGUUGCUUUGGAUUUUGUGGUUCAACUUACCGAUACAAUUCAUCGUCACCGUCUGGUACAUUAUGGCUUUCACCAAUCCGCUGCAAGCGUUGUUCAAUUGUUUGGUGUACAGGAGGUGGAACAAAGGAUCUGAAAGGUUGAUAUUGCCGUGGAGGAAGAGCGAGUCUAAGGAGAAGAUUUUGAUUCCGAGCGAAGAGAGGUAUCCGUUGCUGCAUCCCACACCAAGAAACAGCAUAAACGGUUACAAAACAUAUAACUGAUUACAUAUUUAUUUAUUUAUUAAUUAAUUGUACCAUAUAGUUUUUUUAUACCAAUAAACCAAGAACUAAUUACAGGUUUAUACCCAAAUUUA